AUGGAUCGGCACUUGCUCCCUUUACUGUCCUCAUUUCUUCUCCUAAUGCUUGCAAUGAAGGCUUUCAGAGUCCAUGCGGCGACCACAGAGCCCAACCAAAGACCUUACAUCGUGUAUAUGGGAGAAAAACCAAGAGAAUUGGUUGGCCUGCCACUAUUAGUUCAUUCAGAACUGCUCCAGAAAGCAAUUGGAUUAAGCAACCAGGAAGCGUCAAAUCGACUUAUAUAUAGUUAUACCAAGAGUUUUCAUGGCUUCGCCGCUAUGCUGUCUGAUGAAGAAGCAAGGAAGUUGUCUGGUAUGGAAGAAUUGGUUUCUGUGUUCCCAAGCAAGCAAAGAAAACUUCACACCACAAGAUCAUGGGACUUCAUGGGUUUUCCAUUGAGCGCUCCACGUGCGCCCUUUGAGUCGGAUGUUAUUGUCGGCAUGAUCGACACAGGGAUCUGGCCUGAGUCAAAGAGCUUCGACGAUGCCGGCUUUGGCUUGCCACCAAGCAGGUGGAAGGGCAUAUGUCAGUCUAAUCACAACUUCACAUGCAAUAAUAAGAUCAUUGGAGCUCGGUACUACCACAUUCAAGGUAACAUAAGUGAAAUGGACAUAGCCUCCCCUCGGGACAGUGAAGGACACGGAACUCACACAUCCUCCAUAGCCGCCGGCAAUCUUGUCACAAAUGUGAGCCUCGCAGACAUUGCAGGGGGGACUGCCCGUGGAGGCGUCCCCUCAGCAAGAAUCGCAAUAUACAAAGUUUGUUGGAGUGAUGGUUGCUCUGACAUUGAUCUACUCGCCGCCUUCGAAGAUGCCAUCCAAGAUGGUGUCGACAUCAUCUCUAUUUCCAUUGGUGGUUAUGCCAAUAACUACUUCAAGGACCCCAUAGCUAUAGGAUCUUUCCAUGCAAUGAAGAAAAACAUUCUGACAUCUAGCUCGGCGGGGAAUGAUGGUCCUAAUAAUUUUACAGUUGAGAAUUAUGCACCAUGGCUACUCACAGUGGCAGCGAGCACCAUUGAUCGCAAGAUUGUUGCUCCAACUAAGCUUGGUAAUGGAGAAGAAUUUCAGGGGAAGGCAAUGAACAUCGAUGGCUUGGAUGGUGAGAUGCAUCCUUUGAUAUUAGGCAAAAAUGCACCCAACAAUUCAGCAGGUGAUAAUGCAAAAUACUCAAGAUAUUGCUACGAAGGGACGUUGGAUGGUGAAUUGGUGAAGGGAAAAGUUGUUUUAUGUGAUGGGUUAACUGACGGGUCAGGGCCACUACUUGCAGGUGCCGUUGGAGCAAUUAUGGACAUAGAUUGGGUCAAUGAUGACUCUUUCGAGUUCUUGCUUCCUGUCUCAGUGCUGGAAUCACAAAAUAUCAUACAAGUUCGAAAUUAUGCAAACAACACAAGCAAUCCUACGGCAAGCAUUUACAAGAGUGAAGCUAUCUUCGAUGCUACAGCACCAUAUGUGGUUUCAUUCUCAUCACGCGGUCCAAAUCCACUUACCCCUAAUAUACUAAAGCCGGACCUAACAGCACCAGGGGUUGAUAUUUUAGCAGCAUGGUCACCUCUUAGUACCCCUAAAGUACCAUAUAACAUGAUAUCAGGCACAUCAAUGGCUUGCCCUCAUACAACAGGUGUUGCCGCUUAUGUCAAAUCAUUUAAUCCAACUUGGUCUCCAGCUGCCAUAAAAUCUGCUCUCAUCACCACUGGUAAUACUAAUUUUACUAUUGUUUUAAUUCUUCCAGCCUAUGUAAUGAGCUCAGCAAGGAAUGUAGAGGCAGAACUAGCUUAUGGAGCUGGUCACAUAAACCCACUCGCAGCUUUGAGUCCUGGUCUUAUAUAUGAUGCCCAUGAGAUAGACUAUAUCAAAAUGCUAUGUAGUGAAGGCUAUAUUACUACAAUUCUUAGACUUGUCACUGGAGAUCAGAGUAGUUGUGCCUCUACAAAUAAUGGAACAGUUUUAGAUCUCAAUUAUCCUACCUUUGCUUUACAAACUCAAUAUGGAAAGUAUUUUUCAACUUCUUUCCGAAGAACAGUCACUAAUGUGGGAGUGUCAAAUUCUACUUACUAUGCUAUUGUUAAUGCUCCUUCUAGCCUCAAGAUCAAUGUUAAGCCAAAUGUUUUGUCUUUUGAAGCUCUUUCGGAGAAGAAAUCAUUUUCAGUCAAACUUGAAGGAGAUGCUUACGAGACUAUUAUCUCGGGUGUUUUGAUCUGGAGUGAUGGUAUUCAUAAUGUAAGAAGUCCAAUUAUUGUGUAUACUAGCUAA